CUUGCUCUGCAAAGAGAGGCGCCCCUCGAAGCUGCAAGGCGCGCCCGCUCCCAGGCUCCGCAGCCGGGAUGAGGAUCGCCUGAGCGCCAGCAACAACGAGGUGCAGGUGCCCACAAAGCAAUCCCAUCAAUGAGGAAAGUCGUUGCGUUUUAUUACCCGAGGGAUGCUAAUUGGAAAAUGGACCAAAAGGCAAUAAUUAGCAGACUUGGAAGGACACAGGGAUGCCUCUCCCUGAACCAGUUUAUGAAGAUGGCCUUCUUUGUAGUCGCUUGCAUGCAAAACCCCUGAUUGGGAAAAGGCAAGUAUAUCUGCAAGUGGAUGUUGUCUCCCGGGGCUGUCGUUAAUGGAGCAGGGCCAGUCUCUGUGAUUAUCCAAAAUCUAUUUUAAACUAUUAAAGCGCCACGCUUCUGAUGAAAGAGUAUCGCCCAUCGCACCGAGAGAUGAUUAAAAUUGAUGCUCAGAGGCGUCGGGCAGAGAGUUCUUCAGUAAGAGACACGGAGGGGGGUCAAAACACCCUGCUGUCAAAAAAAGAAAAACCUCACUCUUUUAAAAAACAAAAACACUAAGCGAAAGAGAAACCUGCCUUCAGGUGUCCAUCGAAAGAUGUUUUUGUAAAAAAUAGAAUAAAAUAGAUAGGUCAUCUUGAGGUCGUGAGAAGACAUCUCAAGGGAUGGUUUGUUGAGUUUGAUAACAGCAUAUCAUUGCUGCAGAUGCAAAGGAUCUCAACAGUCGUCUCCUCUCUGCAGGGAAUUGUGGUUCUAAAGAUUUUGUCAAUACACUUCCCAAACUACAAUUCCAAGUAUUCACAACUGCUAUAAAACUGAUACGUUUGUGGCGUGGAUCUGCCAUAAGGAUGUCUUUCCUCUGAAACGAUAGCUAAGGGACAGGGAUUUAAGAAUGGAGGAUGCAACGAAAGAAAUUCAGACAGAGAGUAUGCAAGAACCAGAAGCCUCAAAUGCGGAAAAGCCUUUCCUUCCACACGAGAGCCCGGCCCAAAAGGCCUCCGCGAUUUGCUUUAAGAAAAGGAAGAAGCCCUACGCAACAGAGAAAGACGAGGAUCGUGAAUCUGUAAUCCGAAAGGCUACAAACCAGCUCUCCAACUCUGGCCAAAGUCAAAUGGAGGCUUCAGAUCUAUCGUGGACGUCCGGAGGGGCCUGGUUGUCCUUCAAGCGGCUUGUGACACUGAGGAGGAGGUCCAAAUCCGCUUUGAAGAAACAAGCGCAGUCUGGUUCCCGUGUGCAGCUGGAGGCGAAUGUGGAAAAUUCUGGCGCAAAGGAGCGCACCAGCUCAAACCAUAAAAUUCCCUGCCUAAGGUUCUGUAGAAGCAAGAAGUCCUGCCAGCCUGAAAUAACAGAGGAGGGGGAUCACGGCGAGAAAGCCAGCGAAGGGGCGAGCAUUCUGGAUAACAAAAGGAACAGUGAACCGGAGUCUGUGUCUGUGGAAGGUCCUCUGAACGCUGACCAGUCCCCCAGCGGUGCCCUUGAAAACGAGGGCAACAGGGGGGUUGUAAACAACUCUGAAGAGGUGGCUCCAGCCAGGCGAGAGGACGCUUUUUCAGAGAUGAGUCCCGGUCCCGACCAAUACACAGACUUUACGGCUCAGUCAGAAAUCAUCCACUCCGAAACAGUCCUGGAAACAGAACAGGAGAAGCAACUCUUCCAGCUGCAUCACGGAAGCCUCUAUGGGGAACCUGAAGAAGGGAGAAACGAGAGGUUUGAUUUUGAGGGAGAGGUGGGCUCACUGCUUGCCCAGGACCUGCCAGAAAGCCAACCCAACGUCUUGGAAGGAGAAGACUCCAAGAACUCGCCUGCCAAAGAGGCUGAGUUGGAACAAUCUGGGGAGGAUGCUGUGCCGGAGAUGGACGGUGCCAAGGAAGGCGAUUCGGUUGAAGUGAUGCUGCAUUGCAGUCAGCCUGUGUCCGAAGACGAGGCUUCACAGGAGCCAAAUUGUCCUGUCCAGGAAGCGGAAUCCGACGAAAACAAGCUUGCGAUGCCUGGGGCGGGCAUUGUGAUCAUGAUCACAGAAGCGGAGGCCUUCCAGGAGGAAGAGGAAGAGGAACUCAGCUAUAGCUGCGAAACGUUUUCCUUUCCGCAAGCCAGCAAACAGAAAGCAAAGAAGAAGACCAGCAAAGGCCCCGAUUCCAGGUCAGGGAGGGAAGGCAAGACGUGUCCGCAGGACCAGCCGCCUUUGGGUGCCAGUGACCAGGAGCCCUGGGCUUCAGAACAAUACGAGGUGCUUCUGAUUGAAACGGCCGCCUCACUUGUGAAGGCGGCCAUCCAGUCGUCCAUCGAGCAGCUUGUGAAUGAGAUGGCUCUGGAGCAGAAUAAACAAAACAGUUUUCUAUGAUAG